AUGACAAAAGAAGCAAAUUCCACGAUGCCGGAUCAAAAUAAUCCGGAACUGACUAAACAAUCAUACAACUACGCAGUGUUGUCCCGUUAUGAUCCAUUCAUAGCUCAAAUUAUCUGUACUUCAGCGAUUUGCAAUGUGUACAAGUUUAAUAUCGAACAAGCCGAGUGGGAUAAGAUCAAUUGCCAAGGCACGUUGUUUGUAUAUUCCAGGGCUGCCAAAUCUCCAGAUAACAUUGGGGACUCCCAGAAGUUCCCUUACGGUCUAAUAGUGCUCAAUAGACUUAACGAAUACAACUUUUCUCUUGGGGUGACCCCGUUGACGAUAUCAAAACGAACAGGCGAUCCAGAGAUGGAGUUCAAAUUAGAAGAUUCAUUUAUUAUGGCACAAGCAGCGGAUGGUGCAAUGUAUGGUCUAUGGCUUUUUGAUACAAAGGAUAGAGAAACGAUCUUGAACACUCUUCAGUGGUGCUUGUCGCAGUCGAUGUAA